AACGUUUGUCAAUAAAGAUAUACAAACGUACAAAACUGAUGUUCGCGCGUGCGCAUGAAUGUUUAAAUUGUGAACGGCGUGACCUAAACGUUAAAUAUUUGUCUGAAGACAUAUUUUCUGAGUGUUUGACCAGCUGUCCAGCAGGAGGAGGUGAGUGUUUGAGGGUGAGUGAAUCCAUCUCCCCGCAAAGAUGGAUUUCCAACACAGAGCUGGGGGCAAGACUGGGAGCGGUGGGGUGGCAUCCUCCUCGGAGAGCAACCGGGACAGGCGAGAGCGGCUCCGCCAGCUGGCCCUGGAGACCAUCGACAUCAACAAGGACCCCUAUUUCAUGAAGAACCACCUGGGCUCUUAUGAGUGUAAGCUGUGUCUGACACUCCACAACAAUGAGGGCAGCUAUCUGGCCCAUACACAGGGAAAGAAGCAUCAGACUAAUUUAGCGAGAAGAGCAGCUAAAGAAGCAAAAGAAGCCCCUGCCCAGCCAGCCCCCGAAAAGGUCAAGGUUGAGGUCAAGAAAUUUGUGAAGAUUGGUCGACCGGGAUACAAAGUAACCAAGCAGAGAGAUCCAGAGAGUGGGCAACAGUCUUUACUUUUCCAGAUUGAUUACCCAGAGAUAGCAGAGGGCAUAGGACCCAGGCAUCGCUUCAUGUCUGCAUAUGAGCAGCGCAUCGAGCCCCCAGACCGUCGUUGGCAGUACCUUCUACUGGCUGCAGAACCCUAUGAGACCAUCGCCUUCAAGGUGCCAAGCAGAGAGAUUGAUAAAGCCGAGAGUCGCUUCUGGACCCACUGGAACAAAGAUACAAAACAGUUCUUCCUCCAAUUCCACUUCAAGAUGGAGAAAUCCCUCGCUCCACCCAGCGGACCCGUACCCCCCAUGGGUGUAAAACGUCCCCCUCCCCUGAUGAGUGGGAUGGGGCCUCGACCCCCCAAUGAGGCCAUGCCCCCUCCACCCCCAGGGGGGAUGCAUAUGCCCCCCUUGCCCCCUGGUGCCCCUGGCCCUCCCCAGAUGCACCACCACCAUCAGAUGCAACACGGUGGCCCCGGGAUGGGCAUGCCACCCCCGAUGAGACCCCCGCUCCCCUCUGACGGUCAUGGAGGAAUGCCCCAUCAAAACAACUGAUCUCCAACCAGCCCCUCAUCAUUCUGUUAGAUUAUGUUUGCCUAUCGUUUGGUUGCUAUUACACUACAGUGCUCCGUCAUUGGACUGUGUCAAGUGGACUGUUUCAACGUCCAAUAUACAGUUUCUAAACUGGAUGAAACGUUGUUUACCCACAUGCUUUUCUACCCAUGGACCAUAUUCAGUAGGUUUUGUACACAGUUGCCAAUGAUUUUUUUUUUUUGUCAUACUGAAAAUUGUCUCUGGCAGCAUCCACACUAGCAUACUACUCAGAAUGAAGCAGUGUACAUGUAAUGGUCAUGCAUUCUAAAUGUUCAGCUAGUGUGGAUAUUGUAAGGUAGUCAUUGGUUGUUUUGGGAGUACUGUAAUAGCACCAGUAUGAAUAGCUUCCCCUGUAUUGUAGAUGUUGAGCCUUCUGUAUGAAACAACAUCUUUGUGAAGAUCCACAACUCAUCUUUUUUUUAAGAGUUAUUUUUUUUAAAUAAUAAAAGUGAGUUGUAUCUUA